UGGAGCCCAAAAAAAGCAAAGAGAACAACAUUAAGUUGACCCACAACAAAAGUCUCUUUGGUUUAUAUUCCCAUCUCCUCUACUCCACUCUCAAAAUUAGAUAACCCUAAUUUCUUUCACAAGACCCAAAGGACACCGCCGUUUCGCUCCUUCUCACCACCGAGUGAUCUCUUCAGAGAUGUCGCGUGUGUACGUUGGUAAUUUGGAUCCGCGAGUUACCGAGCGCGAGCUCGAGGAUGAGUUUCGUGUCUACGGAGUCAUCAAGAGUGUUUGGGUUGCAAGAAGACCACCUGGUUACGCUUUUCUUGAUUUCGAAGACUCGAGGGAUGCUCGAGACGCCAUCCGUGACUUAGAUGGCAAGAAUGGAUGGAGAGUUGAGCAGUCUCAUAACCGUGGCGGUGGUGGAGGCCGUGGUGGUGGUGGAGGCCGUGGUGAUGGUGGCCGUGGCCGUGGUGGUUCUGAUUUGAAGUGUUAUGAGUGUGGCGAGUCUGGUCACUUUGCACGUGAAUGCCGCUCCCGUGGUGGUGGUGGUGGUGGUGGAUCUAGGAGGGGUCGUAGUCCUUCUCCUCGUGGUCGCAGCCGUAGCCGCAGUCCUCCAAGAUACAGAAAGAGCCCAACCUAUGGAGGCCGCAGGAGUUACAGCCCUCGUGCGAGAUCUCCUCCUCCUCCAAGACGUCGUAGUCCUUCUCCUCGUGGUCGCAACUACAGUAGGUCACCACCGCCUUACAGAGCACGUGAGGAGGUGCCUUAUACUAAUGGAAAUGGUCUGAAAGAUGUGCGCAGAAGCCGUAGCUGAGUGGGAAGGGAUCAGGGAACUAACUGUUUUCUUGCGACGUCAAGAGGGCAGCUUAAGGGAAAUUAGUAUCUGUGAAUCUCACUAAGAGAAACAUGUGUUUAGCCUGUUGGGGUGGAAUGGAUAUGCUUGCUACUUUUGAAUUGCUGGAUCAUGCUUCUUAUUUGAGUUUGGAUAUGAAGCCGUAGUUGUGUCUGCCGUUAGGUAAAGUACAACCUUUUAAUAUUCCUACCCAAGUUCUUAAAAGACAUAAAACUUUAAUGAAAUUCUGAGUGUUUUGUUUUAUUGUGUCUGAGGUUUCUUCGGGUUUCUUCUACUGCUUCAUUGCUUAUCUCUACUUCUCUACUCUGCUCUGAGAGUCUGAGGCUACGUUAAUUGAUGAUUGAUCUGCAAUGGCAUCUUCAUAAUAGUUUGUGGAUCCCCUACUUGUUUCUUCGAGUUUCUACUGCUUCAUUGCUUAUCUCUGCUUCUCUGCUCUGCCCUGAAGUUUCUUCGUUAAUUGAUUGACCUGCAAUGUCAUCUUCAUUGUAGCUUGUGGAUCCCUAACUUGCUUAACUCUGUUUUUCUGCUCUGCCCUGCGGUAAAUUGAUUGACAUCUUCAUGAUAGUUUACCACGUUGUGGAUCUUCUACUUGCUUCUGCUUCCUCGCAUGUUUGAAAACUUCAUCAGCUCUGAUGUUGCCUUCUUCAAAACCAUCAUGGCCUUUUU